AUGGUGGUGCGAAGUUCCUAUCUGCAUUUGCCGGACAGGAUAUGCCCGUAUACACUGUUACAGGAAACGGUUGUCGUGGUGCCAAGAGGGCUGCAUGGAGCAUUGGGAGCAGCGGCUGCGCGGCCCGCUGAGGGCAUGCUGGUGUCUCGAAGUGUUGUUGUACGGUAUGCCCGUACACACUGUUACAGGAAACGGGUAGGGCAGUUCCUUUGCAAUGCAACAGAAGACAGGAAUGGUGGCAAGCAGUUUGGCGAGGAUGAUAAGGGCAGCGCGCGGGAUGAGGGCGGCGGUGCGGUCCGGAUCAAGUCGCCGUACAUGGAGCCGCCUGAGUAG